AUGAAUUCUGCCCUGCACCUUGUUCGGCGGCGGCGUGCGCGCCGAGUCGGCGGCAGCACUCUGGAAGAUGGCUUUGAGCGGCUGUUGAGCAGAGAGUCUGAUGACUUCUUCUUCCGCUCUGAGACGCAGCCAGCCUUCGUUGGGCAGCAGGAUCCGAAGCUGGCACAUCUGCAGAUUGCUGCGCUGGCGAAGAACCUGUCCAUGUUAGACAGCUUGGAGGAGGACCUCGUCAAGGCGUUGGAUGACCUGGAAACUGCUGCGCAUCAAGCGCAACUGUCGCAGCUCGGCUCGGUCUCCGCAGCUUACAAGUUCCUGCGCAGCUGCUUCAGGGGCCAAGCCCUGCAGGACGUCACGCCCCUCAUGGAACCACUGCUGAGCAGUUCUGAGCAACAUCACGCCACCUCCACACCACGCCAGCGCGCUUCGGAGCAGCGGCAGCGCUUUCUCAGCCUGCUGACCGAUGCCCAAACGUAUGCAAAGCAGCAUCCAGAUCACGAUGGCAUCGCCCUGUUUCAGCAGCGCGUGGCCAUGGCUUGGGUCAUCAUGUCUGAUGUUCAGAGACCUCAGCAGAUCCUUUCUGCCGUCAAGGAGAUACGGCGGCUCUUCCCUUUUGAAGUAGACCCAAUGGAAGACAUGCCGAUUCUUUCUGUCUAUAUGUGCUCGCUUCGAAUAAGAUGGUCAUACUUCUUUUUAUGCGCGCUCUUCACUGCCCUGGCCCUCUUUGCCGGGACGAUCACGGAGCUCUUCUUUGCAGUGUUUGCUGCUGGAGCAGACAUCAGCGUCGGUCAGCAGGUGUGGCUAAGCUUCUGGCUGCUGCCCUUCGGAGCGAUGUUCCUCGCGCUCGUCGGGGACGAGAUGGGAGACCUGGUCAUCGACGCCAUUGACCGGCCUCCGCUGCUCUGGUGCCUCUCCCUGGUCUUGGCGGCGGUCCAAAGAGACCGGCGCCUCGCUCCGGCGCGGUCCACGUGCGAGGCGGUGGACAUGCUCAUCAUCGGCCUUUCCGAGGUUGUGCCGCUGUGCUUCGGCUGCCGUUCCCUCGUGCAGCGACGAGGUUUCUGGCACGGCUACAUGCAAGGCGGGCUCAUCGCAGCUUUUGGGCUGACGCUCGUCGUCCUUUUAGCCGAUGUCACAAUCGGCAUCUACGGCUCCCGGGCACAACAAGCACUUCGGCACAUUUAUCAUGUGCUGGACAAGCACAAAAUCUGUCCGGGAACCAUUGCAGCUCGAUAUGAGCUCCUGCGAUCCCACUUCGAGCAGGUCUCCCUGCAGCAGAACCGCGAGCAAGGCUGCAAGCGCUUUGCCACUUUGCUCGUCUUUGCCUGGCAGCGUGCAAGGGGCUUUAUGCUGGAGAGUUGGUCACUUUGCGCCUUCACACAGCAGAAUGCGUUGAUGCCGGUGACGCUGGUGGCAUGGACAGCAGUGUCAGCCCUGGCCGUACAGGAUCGAUUUCAGUUCCCAGUCGCCGUCAGCGCGAUCAUGAUGGUUUUCACCGUCACUGUGCUUUCUGUGAAGAUGGCCAUGGCAUUUCCCGAUGUGGCAGGUCCCUUCUACACGGUGAUCCUCAUCUUCUUCGUCUGUGCAGCACUGGGCCUGCAGGUUGGAGGCUCCUUCGCACUUGGUCCGAAGACUGUGCAGCCGCUGAUGCGCAUGCCAGGAAUCUUCACCGGCCCCACGGACCUUCCACAUGCUUGGCGUGGGAAUCGAUCCGAGCCUCCGUAUGCGGCUUGCCGCAUUACCUGGGGAUCCCAAGAAGCUCCAGUCUCCGUGCUGGACUUGGCAUCUCUGGCAUUGAUCGCCUAUGAGGUCGAUUGCAAUGCAGUGCCCCGGUUGCUGGAGGAAAGCUUCGGCAGCGGUAUGCACGCGCCGAGGUUAGAGUCAUGCCGCGGCUACGACGAGCUGCCACGUUGGAUCUCUGUGCGCUUCCCCGCGCGCCGUCCGGGUGGAGGUGACACGCGAGUCUUUGCCAUCAAAGGCACGUCUUCCUGGAGAGAUGUUUAUGCUGAUAUCAAGCUCUUCGCGACGAUUGAGGUGCUGCAAGCUCUCUCAAAGAUCGUGCCGAUCCUGUCUCUGCUUCCGGUGCCACUGGUGCAAAGCAUCGUUGGCCACACCGGCCUGGCAGAUACUUACAUGUGGGACGGUCUCGAGCAUGCCAUCGACAAGGACCACAGGAAAAGGGAUGUCUCAGUGCUAACAGGACACUCCUUGGGCGGCUGCAUUGCCCAGAUUGUGGCGGGAAGGCGGCAACUGUCCGCCCUUGUGUUCUCUUCACCAGGCUUGUUGUAUUCGGCCCGGCGCUUCGACGUCUCGCCAGAGAGCAUUCGCCACGUGGUGGCGGUGGUUCCCGACGGCGAUGUAAUCUCCAGCGUCGACGAACAUGCAGGUGUUGUGCAACGCAUUGCCUGCCGGACACGCACAGGGCAGGCUGGCUCCACUGCCGCUUGCCAUGGGCUGCGAAAGACGGCCUGCGAGGUUUGGCGUGCCUGCGGGGACGUUCGCGGACGCGACUUCUCCGACACUUGUGUGGCCUAUGUCUUGCCGGACAUGCUCGGGCACACCCUGCCUGAAGAGCCGUGGGGUCAGUCGCCCUCCCGGGACGGUUGGGCUGACCCAGCCGGCUUGACGACUUGA